CGCAUCUUUGUACUGGGUGUUUGGAAAUGACCGCUUGUGCCAGACCCUCGAUGUUAAUGUCAAAUCCAAAGGGGGUACAUUGACAAUAACCCCGUUAGAUAAACCACAGAUCAAAUCUAUGGUGCUCAAAGUCAUCCAAGAUUUGAAUGAGAAGCCCGUGGCCGAGGAGUGCGUCACCCUUUUCCAAAUCCGUCACAUGUUCCCUUUUGUCAUGGGACUCCCAGCCAAGAGUGUUUUCUGUGGAAUACCACUACACUUCCAAUGGUCGGAUGAAUCCCAAGUGGAUCUGAAAUCCAUCCCGCCACACGUUGUUUGGUUAUACGGUAGUCGAUUCACUACCGUUGAGCUCGGUCUGGACGAAAGCAAGGUUGCCAAAGAGGACUUUAAGUCAUUCAAGGAGUGUCUGAUUCUCAGUGAGAAAGCCAAGCGAUUCGCCAUUGCUCAACAGGUUUUCCCGACCGUCAACCAUCAUCACUUCGCUUUGUUCAUGCUGCCAUUCGUGGCCAUUCAUGCUUGCUUUUUCGCAGGUUUCGGACUCUUAAAAGAUCCUAGCAUGUCGCAAGGGAUGAAACGCUUGAAAUUACCGAUAGCCGCAGGAUUCGCUCUAUUGGCACCACUUUUGGCUUUUAUCGUGAUGGGACAUUACUACUAUAAUCUGGUUCAACGUUGGGAUUCUUACCUAACCCACUCGCUGGAUUCGGAGUACGUCGAAGGUGGAGUGGAAUAUUUGGAGAAGACCUUGAAAAUCGGGAAGCUCUUGCGACAGUACGUCAAGUUUGGGGAUUAUUACUUUCAAGAGGAUGGCCAACAGAUCAAUUAUUGGUUCGAUGUGUCGCAAAUGUCGCCUGACCCUAACUCUCGCUUGAGCAACUUCAAGGAAUUCCUGGAGAGCAAGACUGAAAGUGAUGGAAAUUCAAACAAGAAGGAAUAAAAUCAAUCGAAACACUGGGUAUUAACCAGUUUGGCGUGCA